AUGGCAACUCGGACAGAGAGGCUCGCUCAACCCAAACCCGACCACCUGAGAUACCCAGACCGGUAGACGUCAGUGGUGACUUUGUCUCCUGUAUGAGUGUCUUCUGUCUUUGUUUUCGUCUAAGGCCUCUUUUGUUUGCUUUGACAGACGCUCAGUUUACUGGCUGGAUCAUCUGCCGCCAGAAAAGACGGGGUCCAUCACCAAAACUGGUACCCUUCACUUUACCAACCUUAACAGCACUUUUCAUGUGGGGUUUUGUUUCGUUUUGUUUUGUUUUUGAUAUAAAGAAUGACUCUUUUCUUGCAGAGUUAACCCCUCGCUGGUUAGAGCUGUGCAGAAAUAAAAAGUCCUACGCUCCAAUCACGUAAAUAUGACAAGUUCUAACAUUUUUCUAUGUCUCUGAUUCUUUGCUUGUUUCUUGACUCUGUUUGCUAUUUCCUUAGUCUCUUUACAUGUCAGUAAGUUAGUAACACCGUGUAGUACUAACUUUAUGAGCAGCAGACAGAUUCGGCCUUUUAGGAGACGGGCGUAUUUUAAAGAUGUGCCUGAAAGGUUGAAACUCAUGUCUUUCUCUAAAUCAAUGUUUUCAUAUUCUUCUUUUUGGUUUUGUUUGCGCUGGCCCUUGAUAAUAACCAUUUAAACCAGAGCUCAACCUCCUCUGUUUGCAAGUUGUAGAUACGGCCCUGGACAGGCCUUGACAGAGACAGAAACUCAGUUCACCGCACUCUCAGCUGCAUCCUCAUCUUUAAUGGUUUAGUUGAUCAUGACUUUGAAAUGUCUAACUGAAUUUGCUCUGUAACUAAUCUCUUAACCAGGAUUAAUCGAGGGUUAGAUAUGGAGCAGUAACAGCAGCAAACAGCUGUGUCUGGAGUGAGGAAGCAGAGAGGAUUACGGUGCACUUGUUGCAGAUAUGUGACACUAUUGUCACCUCAUCCCUCAAUUUACAGAAUGCACAACUCAAAUCUGAGUCGAAGGAUCUAUUUGUAAGAAAAAUAGGAGUUUUUUAAUUCUUUUUGUCUCAUCAUCUUCUUCUUCACAAAGACACGAGCGAAAUGCAUUCAGCUUGAUGAAAUCACCUCCACAGGCAUCCGUUAAGAUCUUUCUAAAAUCACUGUCUGUCUAUAUUUAUCGUUCGUCUCUUGUUUCCUUUGCCCUUGUUUGAUUCCUUACUUUCGUUUUUCUGUCUCCUCAGGCAGUCAGUCAUUCCCUCUGUUCUUUUGUUACCUUUUCAUUUGCCCUCGCCUCAAACACUGCUGUCGUGCCCUUUUGCAUCUUCUUUCAUCAUGCUCUCGUUUUUCCUCCUCCUGUCUCCUGUUUCCGUCACUUCUCUCUUUUUCUCCCCCAGACUUUCACCUACAUGGGAGGUGAGUAAGUGGGCUCUCCAGGCUGUUGCAUCUGAUCGGUUGUGCCGGCUGGCUAAACCUCUGCAGCCUGCAGCUGGUUGGCAGCCGGAUCGGCCGCUGCUGGCCCCUGUGAGUAACUCAAACUAGGCGGUGUCUGUUUGUGUCUGGUCGUAGGGUUGUAGGCAGUUUUCCAAGGUUAUUCCAUGAGGGCCUUAAACCUUCAAAAAGUCUUUGAUUCAAAGCCAACUUGGCUUACCCAGCUUAUCAAUAACUGAUAAUAGUUGGUGAAGCCAAACAAGCAAAGGUUAUUGAAGGCUGUUAUGGUAGCUGAGGGAGGAAGUUUAUUUAAGUCCUUAAAGGGAUAUUACGGUGUAAAAUUAAUUUAGGGUCAAACACACCGUAACACCGAGCUGGACACCCCCUCAAGAGAUGAAUGUUGUCGACGGCUUGCUUCUCUAGUUAUACCAACUUUAGUAACGACCACAUGAUAGCAAUACACAACGGUCUGAGGAGUCAUAAACAAACCUCAACCAAAACGCCACUCUAUAGCCACAAAUAAUGCUCAGAACAGCACCUAACUUCAUCAACAGUACAUAUAGGGUCCCAGCCAUAGCACUAGCCACCAAACACAACUCACCUACUCUCUUCCAGCAGCCGCUUGUUUGUAGUGAGAUCUGGGGCCAGUCCAUUACGGACUGUUGCGGGUUGACGCAGCUCAAGGAAGAACAUUUAUGAUCAUUUUUUAUCAUUUCCUUGGAGUAAUAAUCAUCAUAUUAAUCAUUUUGCUCUGCAGACGCGGUAGUUCUUCUGCCUUAGCGUCUCGGUCUGAUUGCAUUUCCAUGAAGAAAUGAUUAUAAAUGUUCUUCCUUGAGCUGCGACACCCCACAACAGUCCGUAAUGGACUGACCCGACGUCUCAAUACAAACAAGCGGCUGCUGGAAGAGAGUAGGUGAGUUGUGUGAUGUCUCGAUCUGAUUGUAUUUCCAUUAAGAAACUACAUUUGGUAUAACUAGAGAAGCAAGCGGUCGGCAACAUUCAUCUCUCGAGGGGGUGUCUAACUCUGUGUUUGACCCUAAAUUAUGUUUACCCCGGAAUAUCCCUUUAAGCUUCUCAAUGACUCACAUUGUAUUUAUAGUUAAACAGAGCUACACAGACUGCCAUGCCCACUUCACGAAUUUGUCAGCUAGCCCAGCCAAGACGAAGGCCGGUUCUGGAGGGUGAUGACCACAAACCUAAACCUGAACCAACCACCCACAUAUCCUACAGAGCAUCCGCACACAUAGAGCUUCUUGCGAGUAAGUCUGUUUUUCUAUUACAAGAAAUUUCUAGAUUUUUCUUUAACUGAUAGAAUUAUUUUUGUCUCUGCAGCCCCAAAACACGACCACACCAAGUUCAGAGAAGAGCGCCCGGUGAGCUGGAUCGUCUCCAAAGCAGCGAGAAACUAUGUUGCGAGCAAAAGAGUUCUGGAGCUCUCCAGUCCAAAAGAGAGAACGGCGUUGUUUGAGGGAUACGACCCUUACGUAGUCAGCCGGGCAGCCCGAUCUGCCAGCUCCUCACCUCGGAUACAACAGCUCUCUCUGCCGCUGCCUCGAAAGUGCAGCUCAAAGAAAGAGGGAUGA